GUUGGUUUUGACGUCCUCAAUGAUGGAGAUGAUUUCAAGCUCGGUUUGCUAGUUUCUUACCACAUCAAGGUACUAGAAGAAAGAAGCGUCGUACUAUCACCGACCCAUUAACGGGCGUCCCGGAGUUCCUAGGGCAGGAUUUAUUGCUCGGUAGUUUAGUAUAAAUGACGAGAUAUUUCUGGUUUGUCGGUGGCAUGCACCCCGCUACGCAGUUGCACUUUCAGGUUGCUAUGGGUUGAGAGAUCGCCGCAUCCGACCGAAUGGAUUUACAUCUAUUAUGAGAUAAUGUCGGGAGGAUUUACUCGAAACCUAUUCCAAGAUAUCUACUAUACCCGAAAGUCUGGACGAUUAGCCUUAAUUGCCCGGAGGCUGGCGCGACUAUAGAACACUCUUCCGCGAAAACCUCCCCCGGAUGACUGCCGGCACCGUCUUUAUCGCAUUGGUGCUGACGGCUAUGCAAGUCGGACUCGCUACAGAUCGGCUCAAAUAUGACGAACGCUUCCAACAAGCAUCAUACGGUUUCACAGUGUUUGCUAUUCUAGGCCCGUUGGGCGCUUUCGGGUUGGCGGUGUUAGGGGCAUUGUUGAACCUUUUGAAGGAUCUUCCAUGGCUCUUCGCCAGUAAUAGGGUACGCGAAUCGGAUAAUGGUGGGGGACCCGCAGUUCCGGCGAGCAGCGACAAAACAAAGUCGUUGGGCAGCGGCGUAGGAACAUUAGGUGGCAAUGCUGAAGCUGCGGCUUUAGGUAAUGAAGAUGCUAUUAUUGAAAUAGAUAAUGCGGGAGGUGGUAAUCAGAACGGUCCUUGAGGCCGAGCAAGCCAGUCUGAAUGUCCAACCAACCCCGGAUUCUUGGCAAGCAAUGGAACGUGGAAGAAGUUCUGAAGACGCCGGGCGCUAUACCGAGUUGAGACUAUUCGCGCAGCCCCACCCACUCCACCAAAAGCCGACAAAAGUUGGAGCGUCGAGGGGUUAGAUAGGGGUAUGGCAUUUCUUUCACAGUUUAAUUGUCACGAGUUACGUCUACCAUAAGUCCCGUACGCCAACUUAAUAGGAACUGCCAA